UUUUGUUAUGUGGCAACGUAGAAGUUGUCUUUCACGUUCAACUCGCGAGGAAAGUGAAAAUUUCAAAGAACUCACGAAAAACUCAAAUUGAUAGUAAUUUUUAUCAAGAAAUUUUACAUAAUUGUUUUAGGGGCUUGUUAAGAAUAUAUUUGUAACCUGAUUGGAAUGCGAGAGUAAAAUUUGUGAGCGGUCGGUUAGAUCUAGGAAGGUGCUGGAUGUGAUUGACAGAAAGCAGGGCAAGGCAGGGGAUAGACAUUAGUAAUAAAAGGUGAAGAAGAUAUUGUCAAAGACGGGUGACUUCGGUAACUCAGUGUACUUGGGCCGAACUGAAAGAGGAAGAUUAACCAUUGGAGGAUAUGAAGUUAGUUUUGAUGAGCAAUUAUAAAAUAUAGACGACAAAUUUAUUAAUUCGAGCAAAUUUUAGGCAAGACAAAGUACAAAAAAUCAAAGCAGGAAGUGUCAAACAAGUGCUGUGUGGUUGACGACACGAAGAAGUGCUAAACAACAGGGCUACAACAAAUACCAAAUAAGGCCAGGACAAAGAAUAUUGUAAUUUUAAGAGCUUAACAUUUUGUUUUGUACAAGAAUUGCGUGCUUGUUCACAAAUAAAAGCAAUGGAUAAUACCGCGAGUGCCAUUGUUGAACAGCAAAAAUUAGCAACAUCACAAAAAUCAAAGAAAAGGCAGAAGAGUAAAAAAGCAAAUGGCAAGGGUCCUGCUGGUAGUCCACCAAAUGAACACUUGACAGAUGUUGCGAAGGACAUUGAGCAAGUUGUGAAAGUUAGUGAUGCAUCAGUCACAGCGAACGGGCUUUCAGAAAUCUUAGAACAACAUUUACAUAUUACAGGAGAUGGUCUACAAAUAAACGGUACUAUCGGCAAGUGCAGCAGUCAUAAUGCGCAAAAUGGGCAUCAUACACCCGUAACCGAUAUUACAAAGCACAGCACGGCGUCGGCAAUUGUAAAAACUCCACAACAACUGGCAUCUUUGCAAGAUUCAACAGCCUCUGGUGCUUCGAAAAAAUCAAAAAGUAAAAACAACAAGCAAAAGAACAAAGAAGCUAAUUUAGAAUAUGAAAAUAAUGUGACAACACAGACAAGUCAUAACAGCAAUGGCGCGUCAGCAGCGCAAACUUGUACAAGUCCAACGGAAACAAAGGCAGUCGAUAUGGCGCAAUUGAAAAAUGGUUUCCAUAAUUUCGUUAAUGAACAGGAUGAAGCGUUGCGUUGUAAAGAAACACAGCAACAAUGCGCAGUCAGUGAAAAUACCAACUCACAAACAGAACUAACUAAACAAACAACCAACAAUACUGAACCGAAUAUAUUAAACGCAGCAGCGGCGAGAGGAGUUGCGAAAACUGCAACGGUAUCAAUGUCUGACACCUGCCCACACGACAAACUACAGUCCACAACAACAGUGGCACAACAAAGUACUAUAACUGCUAACCCUCCCACUGCAAUACACAAUACAAACAACACUGCCAAGCAGGAUGCAGACAAUGCGCAGCAAACUGAACAAACUAACACUAAGGAAGCGGCGUUAAACGAGUCAGGCGAGACAAUGCCUCCUGCACUGGCCGUCGGCACAACCAAAUUGGAUUUGAGUAAUGUGCAUAUUGAGUAUAAGGAAUAUGAAUCGGAGUUGCAAAUGCAUGAUAUUAUGCGUUUAAUACAAGCCGAAUUAUCGGAGCCUUACUCGAUUUACACGUAUCGCUAUUUCAUAUACAAUUGGCCGAAAUUAUGUUUCCUGGCAGCGCAUGGCAAUGAGUAUAUUGGUGCCAUAGUAUGUAAACUUGAUAUGCACAGGAAUGUGAGGCGUGGCUACAUAGCAAUGUUGGCGGUGCGUAAGGAAUAUAGGAAACUGAAGAUUGGCACAACGUUGGUGCAAAAAGCAAUUGAGGCGAUGCUUGCCGAUAAUGCUGAUGAAGUUGUGUUGGAAACCGAAAUGCGUAAUGUGCCCGCUCUGCGUUUAUAUGAGAAUUUGGGUUUUGUACGUGAUAAACGCUUGUUUCGCUACUACUUGAAUGGUGUCGAUGCGUUGCGUUUAAAAUUAUGGUUUAGAUGAGAUUGUGUUUAGUUGAAUUUCAUUGCCACAUUGCAUGCACACAAUAUAAAUACAUAUAUAUUGAAUUAUAUUAUAAUAAUUUGUAUGCGAAGAAAAAAAGAAAAUUCGGUUGAGACGUUCUUCUUCACUUCUCACAUACAUACGUUCAUAUUUAAUUGCAAAAAAAAAGCAAAAAGAAAGCAAACUAACGUAAACAAUUAAGAAAAUCAGAAAAAUUAUAUGAAAUAUUAUCAACAAAUAGUUUGUUUCUAUUAUUAUUAUUAAUUUUUUUUUAUAGAAAUGUCUACUAAACAAUUUAUGUAAGCGCAGAGCGACAAGUGUGCCGAUUGUAUGCGUGAUUUUAUGGCUAAAAUUACAAACGCUUAAAUGCUAAACUAAACAUUUAAUGGUUUUUCGUCUUGUAGCCUUUAAUUAUAGCGUUUUUAGUUUGAAAGUAAAAAAAAACGGUUGAGUUAUUAUUAAGUUUUAUUUUAAAUUUUGUUUCUGGUGUAUGAUUAUCAGUUAGCAGGCAUAUUCAUCAUAUAAAACGAAUUGUUUGUUCACGGCGUGUUAAGUGACUAGUUUAAUUUAUUUAAAAUUCAUUUGCAGCUGAGCUUUUAAACUUAAUUUGUAUAUUUUUAAUUUAUAAAGUUAAAUCGCGCUUUUGUAACGGGUUUUUGUUUGUUUUCCUUUUAAACGCUCUGUUAUUUUGUACUUUAAGUUUUAUUAUUUCAUUUGCAGUCGCUAUAAAAUGUCAAGCACUACUUAAAAGCUGGUUUUGUAAAUAAAAAAACAACAACAAACGUGAGACAAGUUUUAUGACUUAAUUGAUGUUUCUACAUUUUAUAAAUAAAUAAAUAUAUUUAUUUUCGUGCUAAUAUUUUAUAAAAAAAAAACAUUAUUUUUGAGUUAAACUAAUGUUGUAUACUUUUAGGCGUUUAUUUUGUAAUUAGACCGAAGUAAACGCGGGGUCUGUACAUAUUUGCGUAUACAUUUGUAAUUAAAUAUAAAAAAAUUACAAACAAUUUAAACUUAUGCUAAAUAAAACACUAAUAAAUAAAUAAAGUGAAAUUAAAUAUAAACUGCAACAAUAUUAAUUAAAAAUUUAGUUGGCAUAAUGAGCUAUUUAAUUAAACAAGUAUAUAUGUAUGUAAAGUUAAGAAAUCAUACAUAAAUAGAAGUAACUACAAUUUGAGUAGCUACUAGAUAUAAAUAAUGAGAAAUUGUAUGUAAAUAUAUAAUUUUAAAUUUAUAUUAAUUUAUUAGCGACAUUUUGCGAAGUCUGCAUAUAACAUUUGUAAAUAACAAAGCAAAAACUAAAAAUUCACGCAAAAUCAUGUCUAACAUACGCCUUCUGCAAAGGCUUUGUAUAUACAUACACAUAUAUGUAUGCUUCAUUCAACAAAAUACAAAAAAAAAAAAACACAUAAACACACGUACAAAUGGUGUAACACAUAAUGCAAAAUAAAAAAUCAAUUACAAUUUUAAUUUUUUAAUUUUUAUUAACAAAAAGUUGAAAUGUCAAAUUUAAUUUAUCAACAAAUUGUUCUCAUUAAAAUGCAUAUAUGCAUUUCAAGAAAUUUACAGUUAUUUUCUUGCUUUGUUAUCGAUUAUUACUUAUCGGCGCUCAAUAUUGCAUAUCCCUAUUUAAGCGGCCAUUUUGAAGGAAGUAAAUUGUGCAAGGCGGCGGUUAAAAUGUGUACAUUUCUUGCGAAAUCUUAUAAGUUUAUGAAUUUUAAAGUUUCAAAUGUGCUUUUUGUAUAAGUCAAUGCGCUAUAACGUAUACAGCAUGCGAUAAUGUUGAACUUAUAAAAAAUCACUUAUUAAAGCGUGAAAAAUUGCAAUUUGCAACAAUACGCCGGGACGCUUACCUCUCAAUUGGUGUAAUGACUUUUAAAAGAGUUUUGUUAAAGCUGCACAAUUAAAUUCUAUAACAAUUUAACUUAAUAAACAUUUCCUAUAUAAGUUAUUGUUAAUUGAAGACUAAAAGAAAAGAAAAAAAGAGAAAAAAAUCAUUGAGCCCCCAUUCUAAUGUACUAAUGCGAUAGAAGCGACUCAUUUACACACAUACAUAUGUAUGCAUGUACGUCCAAACGUUUACAGUACGUUUGCUGGUUAGAAAAAGGUUGAGUGUAUUCAAAUAAGAAAAAUAUCAAAUUGGUGAAAUAUAAUAGCGUGUGUGAAAAGCGUAAAAGUGAAAAAUUGGAAAAUUCUUUCUAUAAGUGACUAAUACAAGUUGAAUUUAGUAAAUAAUUAAUAUGUAAGAUAAACUUUUAUAGCAAUGUAAAAUAAGUUGGCAUUAGUAAAUAAUUGAGCAUUAUUAAAAAUGAAAUAAAAUCAUAUAUAGUGUCAUGUGUAUGUAUUAAAUAUCAAGAUAAAUGUGCAUGUAUGUGUAUAUAAAUAAAAAAGCUAAAUAUUAAAUGCAAUAAAUGCAAUAAGUGUAUGAAAAGAAAUGUUGAUAAUAAUAAUAAAUCAUGCAAUGAUUACAAAAAUUUAAAGUCUAAAAUGCAAUUUCAUGUUUUCGCUGCACUAACAUUUAACAAUGAAAAAUUUACUAUUUGUAGAACAUUUUGAUACAAAGUAACAACUUUUAUUUAUGAUUUGAAGCAGAAAAACUGCUUACAAGAAUUGAAAGUCCCAUGCAGUUCAACGUACAAUGCGAUUGAUUGCGCUAAGAGAAAUACAUACUUGUGUAGAGAAAUUUCGGAAAGCUGUCAAUAAAUAAGAAGCAGCAAUAAAAAAAUGUGAAUAAUGAUGUAGUCCUGAAACCACCGUGACAUAAAUGGCUCGAUGGAGAUGGGCGCUGUUAUGCAAGUAGACUCAUAUUGCGCACUUCAAUGUUGUUGAGGCGGCAAAUAGCUAGCGCCGGGUGUUGAAACCGGUGGCAAGUACGCUGAGUCCGGUUCAUUUAUAUGCCCAGCUGCUGCAGCGCCGCCUUGCAGCACAGCAUGCGAUUGAUAUUCAUAACCAGGUGAUGUGGGUGGCAAAUAUUGUGCAGCCGGACCGGAUACCUCAUAACUAGUGCCCAACAGGGUGGAUGGCUUAAAGGGCGCUCUACCCGAGUGUUCGCUGUGACCGACACUAUUGCCAGACGAAAUAAAAUUGCUCUGCAAAGCAUGCGGUUUGCUGGCGCUAAAACUAAAAUGACCCAAUCCUUUGUGGCCCACCGCAUAGGCAGGUGUUUCGUCAGCGCUGCCAUGAUAAGAGUUGCCACCUGCAUCAGCAGCGCCGCCAUGAUAAGAGGCUACCGCCGGUCCAGCUGGUACGCCAUAACUAGUCGAUGGUAUGCUGGGCGCACUAUGCGACGCAUACUCUUGAUUGCUAUAACCGUCUUGAUUGUUGAACGUAAUCGUUGCACCGCCACCACUACUACCGCCAUGAGCAAAUUGAGCGCCAUGAGCGCUGUUGCCCAAUGCAAAGGCGGCGCCGUUGAUACCACUAUGGCCGUUAUAACUGUAACCUUGUUGUGGAUUGUAAGUAACUGAGUGGCCGCCCAGAUUAGCGCUCGAGUGACCGCUAAAUGCUGCACCAGCGCUGGAGUGAGCGCCAGCAAACGCGGACCCAUGCGCGCCACCAAAACCACUACCCGCCGUUGAGUGCGAUGAACUGCCAAAAGUGGGCGCAUACUGAUAGCCAACGCUGCCGAAAUUGCCGUGCGCACCGCCAAAACCACUGCCAUGAUUGACGCUGCUAUGUAUACCGCCGCUGCUGCUGCUGCUGCCAACUGCACCAUGCGUUAAAGUUUGUGCGGGUAAUAUCAAAGUUUGUACAUGUGGACGCGCUUUCGUUUGAUACUUAUAGUGGCCGCCGCCGCUGCUAAUGCCACUAUGACCCAGCAAUGCUGCGCCAGCGCUGGAGUAGUGUGACGCCGCGCCGCUGCUAUAACGAUAGCCACCACCAGCACUGUGGCUUGCGCUGCCAUGACCAGUAUAGUGAUGACUGCCGCUACUUCCACCACUGCUGUGUACGCUGUGCGCAGGCUCGGUUUGCACAAUGUAUGUCUCAAUUUUAGGUGCGCUCGCGUGCGCAUAAUCAUAACCUAAGCCAGCGCUGCCGCUUGCACCAAAACUGGCCGCACUGCUGCUGCUGCCAUGACUACUGUAACUAUUGUAGUUGCUGCCAAUUGCGGCAGAUGAAGGUGGUAAAUACUUGUAGGAUGGUCCAUGGUAGCCGCUGGAAAGUGGCGCUUCGCGUUUCGGCUUUACUGCGACUCUAAUGCGCGCUUCAGCUUUUGUUGGCGCGGAAGCGUAGGCGUUGAGCGCCAAAAGCACCACAGCGGCGCCGUAGAAAAC